ACUCGCCAGCUCUCAAGCCGGGCUCUUUCUACUUCUGCCCCCGUUCUCUCUCAUGUCGGCCGUAAGCCCAUUGCCUACGCACAAGAGGUUUCGAUCGAACAUGACCUGACACCUAUCCAGACCCCCCGUAUUCCCUCUGAACUUUACAACACCACCUUAACCGUCCGCGGUCCUUUGGGAAAGCAGCAGUUGGCAAUCAAGCCAUUCGUCAAGCUUGGCUUUACCCUUGCCACCGACCCUACUGCCGAACACGUCCUCGAAGUCGGCAUCACCGACGACAGCGUAAAGCAGCAACGAUCCAUGUGGGGUACAACCCGUGCACUAAUCAACAACGCAAUCGUCGGUGUCUCUGAAGGCUACCGCGUCCAGCUCCGUCUGGUCGGUGUCGGUUACAGAGGCACACUCGAGAACAACGAACGCACCAUUGCUCUCAAACUUGGUUAUGCUCACCCUGUCAACAUUGAACUGCCAGAAGGCGUCACUUGCUCUAUUCCCCAGCCAAACCGUCUUAUCCUCCAGGGAGUCGAUCUUCAGCAGGUUACUGAACUCGCUGCCUGUAUCCAGCGCUGGAGAAAGCCCGAGCCUUACAACCAAAAGGGUAUUUUCAUCAACGAUGAGACUAUCAAGAAGAAGGAAGGCAAG